UGUUAAGGUAAGAUUAGUCUAAUAUUUUAAUUAAAUUAAUAACAUGGCUAUAAUUAUUUUUAUUUACUCUGUUGUGGCAUUAACAUAAAAGAAGCUUAUAUUUUUAUUAAUUUAUUUUCUGUUUGUUAUUAAACUCUUAUGAGUUAUGAAUGACUUCUGCUUUUAUUUUUUCUUUGUUAUUAGAAGUGGCCACAAAAUGUCUUUACAAGGCAAGUCUUUGCACUCUGAAUAUGCCCAUUUGAUUUGCAAAACAGAAUUGGCGUGACUUUUACUGAAAAGAAUCAUGUCAAGUACUAAAAAAAUCAAGCAAAAGAAACAUGCCAUUGGCAUUGGCUCACGGUUACUAGCAUGCAAUCAAUGUAGCUCUUUUAAUAUACUAUUUAUGAUAACAUUGGUACUUAAAAAUACUGUGAAUUAUCUCAAAAGAAAUCACUGUAGAAUUCAAGAUGGCUGGUAGUACUAGGAAGGAGGAAAAUACAAUGCCACUGGAGCUUGCAAUCCAGAGGGAACUGGAAUAUAGGAGAAUUGUAGCAUCAUUUCACUUGUCCCCAAAUACAAAUUUCACUAAAGAGGUUAAAUCAUCAAAUGAUGUUUCUUACCCAAAGCUAUUUCCAAGUCCAAGUUCAAGGAAUUUUUCAACAAAGCGAAAAGAACCACCAACAAAAAGUACUCAUCAUCAACAUCUAAAACUUCAACAACCAUUUCAUGGAAGUCUCAAUCACAAAAGAGUUUGGGACUUCAAUCUUGAUGUUAAAUCGUCAAAAAAUGCUUCCAAUCAAUCCCACUCAAAACCUUUUCCAGGUCCAAGUUCAAGUAAAUUUUCUUUAGGAACCAGGGUGAAGGAAUCAGUAUCACCAACAAGAAGUGUUCAUCCAAAUCUGCUACAUCAACAACCAUUUCAUGGAAGGCCCAAUCAUAAAACUAGGAGAGAUGAUUUAUACUGCAAAACCUGCCAGAUAUUUUGCUCAAGUCCAUUCAAUCUCAAGCAACACUUCAAUGGUCACAAGCAUAAUCGUAAGUUGCAAAUGGACAGAAGCAAUCAGAUGCAAUGGUGUGAAGUGUGUAGCGUUAUGUGUAUGGAUGACGAUUUACUCAAACUGCACUUUCAAGGUCAAAAGCAUAAGACUAAAUUACAAAUGUUGGAAAUUAUCAGGGAAGGUGGGGAGGCUCCAAAUACGCCUAAAUGGUGUGAACUAUGCACAUUAUGGUGCUGUGAUGAGUUUGCCUUCAAGCAACACCUUGAAGGUAAAAAGCACAUCCUUAAAUUGCAUGCUAUGAAAAAAGAAAAAAAAUAAAUGACCUACAACUGAAGAACGCAAUUGAGUUGUGAUCAAAUUAGAAUAGAUUCCAUUAGUCCUAAGUAGUAUUUAGCACAAAUGUGUUAUGCAAGUGUUGUAUAAGGACAUGGACACCCGUAUUUUGUUCAAGAUCACUAUUAAUAUUAAAUAUUA